UAUUUUCGAUCUCUAUUUCUCAGUGAGCUUCUAAAACCCUAAUCAAACUCCAACGCACAUCUUUUCAUAUCCGUUGCUGUAUGCAUCGCGUCGUCUCCAUUUCUGUCGUCGGAGCUUGAAGUCUUUACUUGGAUCAUCAUUCCGGACCUUCCCUUUCCCAAUGGCGGCUUCAUCAUCUCUUGAUUCCCUCAUUUCCAUUGCCGGGUCGGUCUCCACUCCCUCCACCAAGAAACGGGUCCGGAUAUUCCGCGAUGAUAUCCCUUUGAUUCUCAACAAUUCAGAGAUGUCUCCUGAGGUUGCAUCAACAUUAAUAGAUGUAGUUUUUCAAACAUUGACUAUAUAUGAGGACCGUAGAUCAAGGAAAGCUGUUGAUGACAUUGUUGAAAAAGCUUUGGGUGAAAUUAUAUUCAUGAAAAAUUUUGCCGCAACCCUUGUUCAGACCAUGGAAAAGCAUUCAAAGUUCCAGUCUCAUGUAGGCUGCUACAGACUUCUCAAGUGGUCAUGUCUUUUAUUAAGCAAGAGUCAGUUUGCUGCGGUUUCAAAGAAUGCAGUAUGCAGAGUUGCUGCAGUGCAGGCAUCCCUGCUUCAUAUUGUUAUUCAAAGAUCUUUUCGCGAGCGAAGGGCUUGCAAGCGAUUAUUUUUUCAUUUAUUUUCACAGUCACCAGACAUAUACAAAAUCUUUGCUGAGGAAUUAAAGGAUGCACGGAUCCCCUACAAAGAUAGCCCUGAAUUAAUAUGGUUAUUGCUGGAAUUUUCAAUUGCAUCAUCUUCUUUUGGAGAAUUGAAGCCAAUAUUUCUUGACAUAUAUGUUAAGGCAGUUUUAAAUGCUAAAGAAAAGCCUGCAAUAGGGCUUAGUGAAUCAUUCCGUCCGCUCUUUAUGCAUUUGUUGCAUGAAGAUUUUCAAAAUAUUGUGGUUCCAUCUUCAGUAAAAAUGUUGAAGCGCAACCCUGAGAUUGUGUUGGAAUCAGUCGGAAUUCUUUUGAAAUUAGUUGAACUUGAUUUGAGCAAGUACGCCAACGAACUUCUUUCAGUAAUAUUGUCACAGGCUCGACACACAGACGAAAUUAGAAGACUUGGGGCAUUGGCUAUAGUCCGGUGUUUGAGUCAAAAGUCUAGUAAUCCUGAUGCUUUAGAAGCAAUGUUUGCUGCUGUUAAAGCUGUAAUUGGAGGUUCAGAAGGAAGACUUCAAUUUCCUUACCAGAGAAUUGGCAUGUUCAAUGCUCUUCAAGAGUUAUCAUAUGCGCCUGAAGGAAAAUAUUUAAGCAGUCUGUCACGUACGAUAUGUCAGUUCCUUUUAUCUUGCUACAAAGAUGAGGGAAAUGAAGAGGUAAAGCUUGCAAUUUUGUCAGCUACUGCUUCUUGGGCAGCACGAUCUGCAGAUGCUGUUCAGGCAGAUAUGGUUUCAUUUAUUGCUUCUGGUCUCAAGGAGAAAGAAGUUUUAAGAAGGGGACAUCUUCGUUGUCUACGGGUCAUAUGCAAAAAUGCUGAUACUGUUUUACAGAUAUCAUCUUUGCUUGGGCCUCUUAUUCAACUUGUAAAAACUGGUUUCACUAAAGCAGUUCAGCGUCUAGAUGGUGUAUAUGCUUUGCUUAUUGCUGGGAAGAUUGCAUCUGCAGACAUCAAAGCAGAGGAGACACUGGCAAAGGAAAAGAUCUGGUCUUUGAUUUCCCAAAAUGAACCUUCACUUGUACAAAUUUCUUUGGCUUCAAAAUUAUCUGCUGAAGAUUGCAUGGCAUGUGUUGAACUUCUUGAGGUGCUUGUGGUGGAACAUUCUCGCAGAGUUUUAGAAGCUUUUUCGGUCAAAUUAUUGUUACAGUUAAUAGUCUUCUUUCUAUGCCAUCCGAGUUGGGAGGUUCGAAAAAUGUCGCAUGAGGCUACCAGAAAAAUAAUUUCUUCUCUCCCACAGUUAUCUGAAGCUCUUUUAACUGAGUUCUUAAGUUUUCUUUCAGUAGUUGGAGAGAAAAUCUUUGUUUUGAAGACAAGUGACACAGAUUAUUCAUUGGACUCUCAAGUUCCUUUUCUUCCAUCAGUUGAGGUAUCAGUGAAGGCUUUAGUUGUGUUAUCGUCUGCAACUCUUGCUUCUUCUCCAAGUAUAUGCACACAAAUCAUAUUCUGCUCGCAUCAUCCAUGCAUCGUUGGCACUGCAAAAGGAGAUACAGUUUGGAGGAGGGUUCAUAAAUGUUUGCAAACACUUGGUUUUGAUGUCUUCGGUAUGAUUUCUGCAAACGUUGAGAAUUUAUGCAAGGGUCUACUAGGACCAAUGGGGUUGAUGAGUUCGAAUGUAUUUGAACAAGAAGCAGCAAUAAGUUCUCUAACAACAUUGAUGUCAAUUACUCCUAGAGAUAUCUACAUGGAGUUUGAAAAGCACUUAAAAAAACUCGAAGAUCGUUGUUCACAUUAUAUGCUUUCGGAAAAUGACAUUCAGAUUUUUCAUACUCCUGAAGGAAUGCUUUCCAGUGAACAAGGUGUUUAUGUUGCCGAGUCUGUUGCUGCUAAGAACACAAAACAGGCAAAGGGCCGUUUCCGGAUGUAUGAGGACCAGGAUGGCAUGGAUCACAUCAGUUCUAAUCAUUCCGUCAAGAGAGAACCAGCUGGUAGAGAAGCUGCUGGUGUGGGGAAAAAAGAUACUGGAAAAUUAGCAAAGAAAACUGACAAAGGAAAGACAGCAAAAGAAGAGGCACGUGAAUUAUUGCUGAAAGAGGAGGCAGCAAUACGUGAGAAGGUCCGGGGUAUACAGAAUAAUCUGUCUUUAAUUCUGCGAGCACUUGGAGAAAUGGCCCUCUCUAAUCCUGUAUUUGCGCAUAGUCAAUUGCCUUCCCUGGUUAAGUUUGUUGAACCUUUGCUCCGGUCACCUAUAGUAAGUGAUGUGGCCUAUGAAAGCUUGGUGAAGCUUUCCCGCUGUACGGCUCCACCGCUUUGUAAUUGGGCCAUUGACAUUGCUACUGCUUUGCGCCUUAUUGUGACUGAGGAGGUCGAUAUUCUGCUGGAUCUGAUUCCAGCAGUUGGUGAAGAGGAAGCCAAUGAAAGCCCAUCCAUGGGUCUUUUUGAAAGAAUAAUUUAUGGAUUAUCUGCCUCUUGUAAAUCUGGACCUCUUCCCGUAGAUUCGUUUACCUUUGUCUUUCCAAUAAUGGAGCGUAUUCUGUUAUCUUCUAAGAAGACUGGACUUCAUGAUAAUGUGCUUCGGAUUCUCUAUUUGCACAUGGAUCCCCAAUUACCCCUUCCUAGACUUAGAAUGCUAUCAGCUCUUUAUCAUGUUCUAGGUGUUGUUCCUGCUUAUCAAGCACCUGUUGGAGCAGCCUUGAAUGAAUUGUGCCUUGGUCUGCAGCCAGAUGAAGUUGCUUCUGCUUUGUAUGGAGUGUAUGCAAAAGAUGUUCAUGUAAGAAUGGCCUGUUUAAAUGCCAUAAAAUGCAUUCCAGCUGUUUCUAGCCAUUCUCUUCCUCAGGAUGUUGUGGUUGCAACCAGCAUUUGGAUUGCUCUGCAUGAUCCGGAAAAGUCAAUAGCUGAAGCUGCAGAGGAUAUAUGGGAUCGUUAUGGAUAUGACUUUGGGACUGACUAUUCUGGACUUUUCAAAGCACUUUCUCAUAUUAAUUAUAAUGUUCGUGUGGCUACUGCAGAGGCAUUGGCUGCUGCUUUGGAUGAAAACCCUGAUUCUAUACAGGAAUCACUUUCCACUUUGUUUUCCUUGUACAUUCGAGAUGCCACCUUUGGUGAGGACAAUGUUGAUGCUCGGUGGAUAGGGAGGCAAGGGAUAGCAUUGGCUUUACAUUCUGCUGCUGAUGUUCUGAGAACAAAAGACCUUCCAGUUGUUAUGACAUUCCUCAUAUCACGAGCAUUGGCUGACCCUAAUGCAGAUGUUCGUGGAAGAAUGAUCAAUGCUGGCAUAAUGAUUAUUGACAAGCAUGGGAAAGAAAAUGUUUCCUUGUUAUUUCCAAUAUUUGAAAAUUACUUAAACAAGAAGGCAUCGGAUGAGGAAAAAUAUGAUUUGGUUCGUGAGGGUGUAGUUAUUUUUACUGGAGCUUUGGCAAAACACUUGGAGAAGGAUGAUCCAAAAGUUCAUGCUGUUGUGGAGAAGUUGUUGGACGUGUUAAACACUCCAUCAGAAGCUGUUCAACGGGCUGUAUCAUCAUGCCUAUCUCCAUUAAUGCAAUCAAAGAAAGAUGAUGCAGCUGCACUUGUUUCUAGACUGUUGGAUCAACUAAUGAAGAGUGACAAAUAUGGUGAACGUCGUGGAGCAGCUUUUGGACUGGCUGGAGUGGUUAAGGGAUUUGGAAUAUCUUGCCUGAAGAAUUAUGGUAUUGUUGCUGCGUUGAGGGAAGGUCUUGCUGAUAGGAAUUCUGCAAAGUCUCGUGAGGGAGCUCUUUUGGCUUUUGAGUGCUUUUGUGAAAAGCUUGGAAAAUUGUUUGAACCGUAUGUGAUUCUAAUGUUGCCACUACUUUUGGUUUCUUUCUCUGACCAAGUGGUUGCUGUUCGUGAAGCUGCUGAAUGUGCUGCUCGUGCAAUGAUGUCUCAACUCAGUGCACAAGGGGUUAAGCUUGUUCUUCCAUCACUUUUAAAGGGUCUUGAGGACAAAGCCUGGCGGACAAAGCAAAGCAGUGUACAGCUUCUUGGUGCGAUGGCUUACUGCGCUCCUCAACAAUUGUCGCAGUGUCUGCCCACAAUUGUGCCAAAACUGACAGAGGUAUUAACUGAUACUCAUCCCAAAGUCCAGUCAGCAGGACAAACGGCACUUCAGCAGGUUGGGAGUGUUAUAAAGAAUCCGGAAAUAUCUUCCCUUGUCCCUACACUUCUCAUGGGCCUUACAGAUCCCAAUGACUACACCAAAUAUUCCCUUGACAUUCUCCUCCAGACAACUUUUGUUAAUUCCAUUGAUGCCCCUUCACUCGCACUGCUGGUACCAAUAGUUCAUAGAGGGCUAAGAGAGCGAAGCGCUGAAACUAAAAAGAAAGCCGCACAAAUAGUUGGAAAUAUGUGUUCUUUAGUUACUGAACCAAAGGAUAUGAUUCCUUACAUAGGGCUGCUUCUUCCUGAAGUAAAAAAGGUUCUUGUGGAUCCAAUUCCAGAAGUUCGGUCUGUAGCAGCAAGGGCUCUUGGAUCACUUAUAAGAGGAAUGGGAGAAGAAAACUUCCCAGAUCUUGUCCCAUGGCUUUUUGAUACACUAAAAUCCGAUAAUAGUAAUGUCGAGCGCUCUGGAGCUGCUCAAGGGUUGAGUGAGGUUUUAGCUGCACUAGGAACGGAAUACUUUGAGAUUGUACUUCCUGAUAUUAUCCGAAACUGUUCUCAUCAGAGGGCAUCCGUACGUGAUGGAUAUUUGACACUUUUCAAGUAUUUGCCAAGGUCAUUAGGUGUUCAAUUCCAGAACUAUUUGCAGCAGGUGCUGCCUGCUAUCUUGGAUGGUCUUGCUGAUGAGAAUGAAUCAGUGCGAGAUGCAGCAUUAGGUGCUGGACAUGUCCUUGUCGAGCACUAUGCAACAACGUCCUUGCCUCUUCUCCUUCCAGCUGUUGAGGAUGGCAUUUUUAAUGAUAAUUGGCGUAUCCGACAAAGCUCUGUGGAAUUAUUGGGAGAUCUCUUAUUUAAGGUUGCUGGAACUUCUGGAAAAGCUUUGCUUGAGGGUGGUAGUGAUGAUGAAGGUGCUAGCACAGAAGCACAUGGGCGUGCAAUUAUUGAGGUUUUAGGAAGAGACAAGCGUAAUGAAGUUCUUGCUGCACUAUAUAUGGUUAGGACUGAUGUGAGCUUAUCCGUGCGUCAGGCUGCCUUACAUGUAUGGAAAACUAUCGUGGCAAAUACUCCAAAGACUCUUAAAGAAAUCAUGCCAGUUUUGAUGAAUACCCUGAUAUCCUCCCUUGCUUCAUCAUCAUCUGAAAGACGGCAGGUUGCUGGACGGUCAUUGGGUGAACUUGUUCGGAAGCUUGGUGAAAGAGUACUUCCUUUGAUAAUCCCAAUCUUAUCCAAGGGGCUGAAGGAUCCUGAUGCUAGCAGAAGACAGGGUGUAUGCAUUGGUCUGAGUGAAGUAAUGGCAAGUGCUGGGAAGAGUCAGUUAUUAAGUUUCAUGGACGAGCUCAUCCCCACUAUUAGGACUGCCCUUUGUGAUAGCACUCCUGAGGUUCGUGAGUCUGCAGGCUUAGCGUUCAGCACUCUGUACAAGAGUGCUGGAAUGCAUGCAAUUGAUGAAAUUGUUCCAACGCUUCUGCUUGCUCUGGAGGAUGACGAGACCUCCGAUACUGCUCUUGAUGGCCUCAAACAAAUUUUAAGUGUUAGGACUGCUGCUGUAUUGCCUCAUAUUUUGCCCAAGCUGGUCCACCUUCCCCUCUCUGCCUUCAAUGCACAUGCUCUAGGGGCAUUAGCGGAGGUUGCGGGACCUGGGCUUAAUGUUCAUCUUGGUACUGUUCUCCCUGCGUUACUAUCUGCAAUGGGUGGCGAGGACAAGGAUGUUCAAACUUUGGCAAAGCAGGCUGCAGAAACAGUGGUCUUGGUCAUAGAUGAGGAAGGUGUUGAGUAUUUGAUAGCGGAGCUUCUUAAAGGUGUUGGAGAUAGCAUGGCUUCUGUUAGGAGAAGUUCAUCAUAUCUGAUAGGAUACUUCUUCAAAAACAGCAAGCUAUAUUUGGUUGAUGAAGCUCCAAACAUGAUGUCUACACUGAUUGUUUUGCUUAGCGAUACAGAUUCCACAACUGUUACGGCUGCUUGGGAAGCCUUAUCAAGGGUUGUUAGCUCAGUUCCUAAGGAGGUACUUCCUUCUUAUAUAAAAGUGGUGCGCGAUGCUGUCUCCACAUCCAGAGAUAAAGAACGUAGGAAGAAGAAGGGAGGACCAGUUCUAAUUCCUGGUUUCUGUCUUCCAAAGGCUCUUCAGCCUUUGCUUCCAAUUUUUCUGCAAGGCUUAAUUAGCGGCUCUGCUGAAUUAAGAGAGCAGGCAGCAUUGGGCCUUGGGGAGCUUAUUGAAGUAACCAGUGAACAAGCACUUAAGGAAUUUGUCAUCCCAGUCACAGGGCCUCUUAUCCGGAUCAUAGGUGAUCGUUUCCCUUGGCAAGUGAAGAGUGCCAUUUUGUCUACCUUGAGCAUCAUAAUAAGAAAAGGUGGAUUGGCCCUGAAACCGUUUCUUCCCCAGCUUCAAACAACAUUUAUCAAGUGUCUGCAAGAUAACACAAGGACGGUUCGUACAAGUGCCGCCCUUGCACUUGGGAAGCUUAGUGCACUUAGUUCUAGGGUUGAUCCUCUAGUCAGUGACCUCCUGUCCAGUCUGCAGGCAUCGGAUGCUGGUGUGCGGGAGGCUAUCCUCAUGGCUUUAAAAGGUGUCCUGAAGUAUGCUGGGAAGAGUGUGAGCAGUGCUGUCAAAAUUCGUGUUUAUAGUCAACUGAACGAUUUGGUUCAUCAUGAUGAUGACCAAGUUCGAAUUUCUGCUGCUAGCAUAUUGGGUAUCACAUCACAGUACAUGGAAGCUGCUCAACUCAUUGACCUGCUUCAGCAACUCUCAAAUUUGGCUUCUUCUUCGAGCUGGGUUUCUAGGCAUGGUGCAGUACUCACUAUCUCGUCCUUGCUAAGGCACAAUCCUUCCUCUGUUAUUACUUCUGCAGAAUUCCCAUCUUUGGUAGACUGCCUUAAGGAUGGCUUGCAAGAUGAGAAGUUCCCUCUUCGUGAAACUUCAACCAAGGCAUUAGGAAGGCUGCUUCUUCAUCAAAUUCAAAGGGAUCCUUCAAAAACCUCUGCAUACACGGAUCUCAUUUCAUCUAUAGUGUCAGCUUUGCGUGAUGACUCCAGUGAAGUCAGAAGAAGAGCAUUAUCUGCUCUAAAAAUUGUUGCAAAAGCUAGUCCUUCAUCUAUUAUGGCCUAUGUUUCUAUUAUUGGCCCUGCACUCGCUGAAUGUUUGAAGGACAGUAGUACUCCAGUGAGGCUAGCAGCAGAAAGAUGUGCCCUGCACACCUUCCAGUUGACAAAGGGUGCAGAAAAUGUUCAGGCUGCUCAAAAGUUUAUCACGGGCUUGGAUGCAAGACGGCUUUCAAAGUUCCCUGAACAUAGUGAUGACAGCGAAGAUAGCGAAGAAGAAUUGACAAGUGGCUGAAAAGUUGGUUGUUGAUCCAUUUUUGUUUUUGUAUUGUUCAACUGUGCAAGAAAUAUGAUCAUGAAGCUCACGGCCAAUAAUUUUGCAUCAUCUAUAUUUAUAGGGAGUAUAGUCAUACACACACACGUGUCAGGAAACAGGUUUGACACCCAAAUUUUCAAACUUGGGUUUCGUUUCAAUGCUUCUAUAAUUGUUACAGUUUUGGAAGAGGAUCAUGUGUAGAUAAAAGUACACAUAUAGCUCUCAUUUUUGUUAAACUUCUGCAAUUGCCAUUAGAAAAUAUGAGAAGUGUAUUGCUACGAAGUUGUCUUUAUUGGAUACAUACAAAGAUGUCCGUUGUUGCAAUUUAUGUUCAAAUUCAAUGGUACUUGGUCAUUUGCUUGAUCAUUUGGUUC